AUGCUCUCAAUUAAAAACCCUCUAUUUAUUAAAAGAACACUUUGUUCAUCGUUACAUUUGCAGCCAAUUCGUCGGGUGUCCAUCAAGACGACUAUCAUUUCUGAUAAGGAUGCUGAAAAGAGUAAUGACGUCGAAUUCAUAACCCAUCCUCUCUUCCCCCAUCCUGUGUUCGAUCAAAAGGAUUGUGAAAGUAUUGAAGUUACUCAUCGUGAACCAAGAACAAUUGGUGAUAAGAUUGCUCACAAUGGUAUUUUAUUUUUCAGAUCUUCCUUUGAUUUGGUUACUGGGUAUAAGAAGCCCCAUACUCCAGAACAAUUGGCUCAUGGUUUCAAAGGUACAAGGUACGAGAUGACAGCUGGUAAGUGGCUCACCAGAUGUAUUUUCUUGGAAAGUGUUGCUGGUGUUCCCGGGAUGGUUGCUGCAUUCCUCCGUCAUUUGCAUCUGAUUAGACUCCUCAAAAGAGACAAGGCAUGGAUUGAAACUUUAUUGGAUGAAGCCUACAAUGAAAGAAUGCAUUUAUUAACUUUUAUGAAGAUUGGUAAGCCUUCUUGGUUUACUAGGUUUAUCAUUUAUGUGGGACAAGGUGUAUUCUGUAACAUAUUCUUUUUGGUUUACUUGAUGAACCCUCGUUAUUGUCAUAGGUUUGUUGGAUAUUUAGAAGAGGAAGCCGUGGAAACUUAUACACACAUGAUACAUGACCUUGACGCCAAUAAAUUCCCUGAAUUGAACAAAUUAAACGUGCCAGAGAUUGCUAUUCAAUAUUGGCCCAAAUUAACCAAAGAAUCUACAAUGAGAGAUUUGAUAUUAAGAAUAAGAGCUGACGAAUCGAAGCACAGAGAAGUCAACCAUACCUUAGCAAACUUGGACCAGAAAAGCGAUAGAAAUCCUUUUGCCUUGCAAGUGGAAACAGAUAAGCCACAACCUGAAAAUGGAUUGAAGGUGACUAGACCUGAAGGGUGGGAAAGAAGUGACAUUGUAUUAAGCAAUGAAAAAUAG